CUGUUUCUUCACCUUCUGCUUUGUCCUUCGCAGGGUAUAUCCCCAGCUAUUUAGACAAGGAUGAACUGUGUGUAGUGUGUGGAGACAAAGCCACAGGGUACCACUACCGCUGCAUCACCUGUGAAGGCUGCAAGGGUUUCUUUAGAAGAACCAUUCAGAAAAGUCUCCAUCCAUCUUAUUCCUGUAAAUAUGAAGGAAAAUGCGUCAUAGACAAAGUCACUCGCAACCAGUGCCAGGAAUGUCGCUUUAAGAAAUGCAUCUAUGUUGGCAUGGCAACAGACUUGGUGCUGGAUGACAGCAAGAGGCUAGCCAAGCGGAAGCUGAUAGAGGAGAACCGUGAGAAGAGGCGGCGGGAAGAGCUGCAGAAAUCAAUUGGGCACAAACCAGAGCCCACAGAUGAGGAAUGGGAGCUCAUCAAGACUGUCACUGAGGCCCAUGUGGCCACCAAUGCCCAGGGCAGCCACUGGAAGCAGAAGCGGAAAUUUCUGCCAGAAGACAUUGGACAAGCACCCAUCGUGAAUGCCCCAGAAGGUGGCAAGGUUGACCUGGAAGCCUUCAGCCAUUUUACAAAAAUCAUCACACCAGCAAUCACCAGAGUGGUGGAUUUUGCCAAAAAGUUGCCCAUGUUUUGUGAGCUGCCGUGUGAAGACCAGAUCAUCCUUCUCAAAGGUUGCUGCAUGGAGAUCAUGUCCCUUCGAGCCGCUGUGCGCUACGACCCAGAGAGCGAGACUCUAACCUUGAACGGGGAAAUGGCAGUGACACGAGGCCAGCUUAAAAAUGGGGGUCUUGGGGUGGUGUCAGAUGCCAUCUUUGACUUGGGCAUGUCUCUGUCAUCUUUCAACCUGGAUGACACGGAAGUUGCCCUGCUUCAGGCCGUCCUGCUGAUGUCUUCAGAUCGCCCAGGGCUGGCCUGUGUUGAGAGAAUCGAGAAAUACCAAGACAGUUUCCUGUUGGCCUUUGAACACUAUAUCAAUUACCGAAAGCACCAUGUGACACACUUUUGGCCCAAACUCCUGAUGAAGGUGACAGACCUGCGGAUGAUUGGAGCCUGCCAUGCCAGCCGUUUCCUCCACAUGAAGGUGGAGUGCCCCACAGAGCUCUUCCCGCCUCUGUUCUUGGAAGUAUUUGAAGACUAAAUGGACUGGACAGGUUCUUGUCAUUCCUGCAUCGCUACUGGAUGUCCUUUCAUUCCACCUCUAGCUCUUUUUGUUGUGGUUUCCUUGUUUCUUUGUGUUGGGUAGGAUCAUCAGGGGGUCAGUGGGUCAUCAAUGGCAUAGACUGGGAUGAAAUUGUCUCUUGAAUGUGGGUCUUUGUAACUGUU